UUGACAACAAUUUUCCAUAAUCUGUGGUCAAACGAUAUGCUUGUCAUCAUUGCCGAAAGUGAUUUGGAAUUUUGAAAAUACAUAGUUGUAAAGUGUAUAAAAACUUGAUACAUCUUACUAAAAUUAUAUUAAAACAAUCAUGAGUUCUAUAGGAACAGGAUACGAUCUGUCUGCUUCACAAUUUUCACCGGAUGGCCGAGUUUUUCAAGUGGAAUAUGCUGCAAAAGCAGUCGAAAAUUCGGGAACAGUUAUUGGUUUGCGUGGUAAAGAUGGUGUAGUAUUUGCUGUUGAAAAAUUGGUAACAUCAAAAUUGUAUGAACCUGGCGCGAAUAAGAGAAUUUUCCAUAUUGAUGAACAUGUCGGCAUGGCAGUAUCCGGCCUCAUCUCGGAUGCCAGACAGAUAGUAGAGACAGCACGUUCCGAGGCAUCAAAUUACAGAUCUCAAUAUGGCAUCCCAGUCCCAUUGAAAUACUUAAAUGAGCGUGUGUCCAUGUACAUGCAUGCUUACACACUGUACAGUGCUGUGAGGCCCUAUGGGUGCUCUGUUAUUAUGGGGACUUGGUCAGAACACGAUGGACCACAGAUGUACAUGCUAGAACCUAGUGGGGUCUCAUUUUCAUAUUAUGGAUGUGCAGUAGGAAAGGCGAAACAAGCGGCAAAAACUGAAAUAGAAAAGCUCAAACUUGCUGAUCUUCCAGUUAAGGAUCUGGUGAAGGAAGCUGCGAGAAUCAUUUACCUCGUGCACGAUGAACUAAAAGACAAACAAUUCGAGUUGGAGCUAUCGUGGGUGUCGAAGGACACGAAGGGCCGUCACCAGAUGGUGCCAAAGGAAGUUGCCUCGGAAGCUGAAAAUCAAGCGAAACAAGCUCUGGCAGAUAUCGAGGAUUCUGAUGAUGGUGAAAUGUGAAUGUAUUAGAUAAUAAAUUUUUAUUAAUUGUA